CUGAGGGUGCCCGGAGCCAUGGCACUGCUGGCGACCAGGAUGAACUGCGGGGAGUACAUGAACUGGCUGAAGGCUGGGCAGUGCCUGCUGCUGCUGCAGGACCGCCUGAAGGGAUACAUAGGCGGGAAGAUGCUGGACUUCCACUGGGAGCUGAGCGACAGGAUCACUGCGCCCAGACCGAAGAAGAGAUGUCAGUGCAGGGCAGCAAGGAAGCAGUUUCAGCCCAGUUGUCCUGUUUGUGCUCAGUGGAAGGAACUCAUUCUAGCUCACCAUAACUACAAAAAUGGAGACAUACACUGGGGAAACAGUAAUCCUUCAUUGUGGCCUACACACUACUGGGAAGUAGCUAAGGUGUAUAUGCCACGUGGACAAGCCCAGGUCAGAGGACCCGAGAAGUGCGAUGUGGCAGCUCUUCUCAACUUGAUGAACACUUGCGAUUAUUUCAGUGGAUCAAAUUUAUCAAGGGUUCGGGAGCUGAUAAAGUGCAGAAAUGAGUUGAUGCACUCUGCUGAUAUGAAGGUCUCUUCUUCUUGGUUGAAACACUUUGAACAAAAGUUGUAUGAUCUCGUUUCUGAAUUCAAACACGUUCCUGGCCUUUUGAGCGGAGGUGAAGAAAUGCAGAAGGUCCUCUUGUCAGAAUUGAGCAUUGGCGUGAUUGAGGUUGAUGGAAUUCCGAAAUUUGAACUCCAGAGUCUAAUAACUCCAGUGGACCUUCAAGGCAGAGUUACUUCACAAUCCUGUACAAUUACUAGAAUAUCCCCAGAGGAAGUGGAGAUAUUACUGAUACAGCAGCUGAUCCAAGAGCUCUGUUUAGAAAUAGAGGAGCAAGGUUCAUUGACUGAAGAGAAUGAGGACAAAGUCGGCAAAAUAAAAAACUUCUUGUCCCAAAAUGAAGAUCUCGGAUUUGUUCUCCAAGGAGACCUUAAAAGGCUUGACAACUUGAGAAAGAAUCAUGUUCCACCCAAUGCAGAAGGCUGGAUUCCCCCACAAGGUUUUGCAGCGUUUCUCGUUGUGCUUUCUUUAGCAUUUUCACUUGCAUAUUUAUUUGGUCAAACACAUUAAAGGGAAUGUGUCAACGGAAAGAUACCUAUCGCUAAUAUCAAGUUUUUAUGUUAGACAUAUUUGUUUUAAGAAUUUUUGGUAAAGUUUUUUAACAUGUUCCGAUUUUAAAACAAUCCUGAAAUCUUGCUGUUUUCACUCUGGCCACUGGGCUUAAUAUUAAGCAGAAACUUUUUGUUCUGUCAGUGGUGAUAAGGAGGAGGCUGCUCGAAAGUGAUCUGUACGGCAUUACAGUGAAAGGUGACAUCAGAAAAGACAAUAGAUGACACUCACAGCUCAGUCUCCCCCUUCCUGCGGUCACAAAGCAUGCCUAGAAACAUGCCUAGGGGGAUACAGUCCUAGGAGACUCUUUCCUAGGACUGUAUCCACCUUUUCCAGCCCACCGGAGCACCAGAAAGCUGAACUAAUUUAUGCAGGAAAAGUCAGCAACCGCCGAGCCGAGAAGUUCGUGACGAAUCGAAUUUACUGUAAGUUCGCUCAUCUCUAGUUGGCACCCCUGAAAUUUUUCAACAAAAUUAAGU